AUGAGCCGUGAACGAAUUGUGAGCGACGCUACCAGACUCCUGACGCCUAGUUCCGGCCUUUCUCUCGACGAUGUGGUGCAGAAGUAUGCCACCAAAACGAAUUUGAGUCGUCAGAUUUUGCAAGAUCCACAGGAUUUCAGUAAUGAAUUUUGGACUCAGUUUCAACAGUAUUUAGUAGUUGAUGGAAGUCGACUUCGAGUCUGUCACAACCUUCCGAUUCAGCAUGGAGAUGGUCCCGUGUAUGUUUUCAUUCAUGGCUUGGGUGGAAAUAUGACACAAUUCGAACCUCUACUGAGGCUUCUCAACGAACUCAAUGAGGGAUUCCUUGCAAUUGACUUACCAGGGUUUGGGUAUAGUGAGGAAUGGCCCAAAUAUGAUAUGCUAGAAAUUACCAAAGUUGUUGAACGCGUAGUGCACAAGCUUACUGAGCGUAAGAAGCUGGUAGUAGUAGGCCAUUCUAUGGGCUGCCAUGUCGCCAUGCAUUUUAUUCUGAACUUCGAUACGGAAUACAGCAUAAGAGACAUGGUCUUUCUGUCUCCACCAGCACCAAAUUUGCCACAAUUGAACACACUAACAGCUCGCUUGGGGCUUUUCGUGCUUGGAAAUUUGCCUGUCUUGUUUGACUGGUACAGAAUAUAUUUUGAUCAAAGCAAAGGGCUCCAAAGCUCCGGUAUUAUGCAGUUCUUCCACAAUGAUGAACCGUAUCGCAAGCUUUGGCAGUUUUUCUACAACGUCCAAAUCAAGAGCCGAUCCAUAGUUCAGUAUUUGAGGGGCUGGGCCCCAAUAGACUGGUCAAGUAAAAGUUUUGAACGAUUGAAUAGCACGGUUAUCAUAACAGGAGAUGUAGAUCCUGUUACUCCACUUGCUACCACAAAGUCAUUUUACGCAGCUCUCGAGUCUGUCAGGAACAGAAAUCUUAUAAUUCUUGAAGGCUGCUCUCACAACAUUUGCUUUGAUAGUCCGAAAGAAGUUGCGCAACAAUUCUUGACUGCAGUGGUAGAUCGUCACGGUUAG